AACUCUCCAGAUAUCUGAGAAAUAUAGUGAUAAAAAACUAGGAAAACUUGUACAAUUAAGCGUUUCUUGUGUUUUAGGCUGUGUGGUGUAUUUUUUGGGGAUUAAGAUUUUGCCAGCUCGGUAAACUUUGCGUGCGUACACAACAAUAUCAGAAAACGCGUGGCGAGGAGCAAAGGUAAAACGAUAAAACUGCCAGCGCGAAAAACGGCGAGCGAGACAGAAGGUGACAGCGACACCGAAACCGAUUUUCCCCCUCCCGUCAGCACCCUUGCAACCUUCUGUUUGGUAUUUUUUGUGCGGUGUGCGGUGCAAAAGAAAAGAAUUUCACUGAUUUUCGCGGCAGUCCAGAUAACAGACGGCAGCAAAAAUGCAAAUAAAUCUUAAGGUAAAAACCUUGGAUGCGCGCACACACGAAUUCAACAUCGACAAUGAGAUCACGAUUCGCCAGUUGAAGGACCAAAUAGCUGAGAAGACCAGCAUUGCAGCAGAGAAUCAGCGCAUCAUUUACCAGGGGCGUGUGCUGGCCGACGAUAAGCAAGUCAAGGAAUACGAUGUCGCUGGCAAGGUAUUGCACGUCGCCGAGCGUCCGCCCUUCUCGCAGCGUGGCGCCAAUGCUCGGCACAACGAUGAGCCCAUGCGUCCCGUACGCUCGGUGGCACGUCCACCGCCAGGCAGCAUGCGCACUUCGCCCUACUUCCGCGCCCUCGAUGGCAUGCUAGUGGGCACCAUGUCCAUACCAGUGCCAAACGGUCCCGGGGCUGGGACACGCACUCCACCCGGUCGCUUCCCAAACUCUUCGUCCUUCUGCAUCAAUCGCAUCACUGUGGCCCUGCACAUGAUUGACUGCGCCAACAACAUCGCCGCCUAUCUGGAGAACCCUUCGGUGGGGCUGAACAACCAAUCGCUGGACAUUCUGCAGCGCGGUCGCUGGUCCAUGGAGUCGACAGUGGUGGAGGUGGGCGUCUCCUCGACUGAUAUGCCACGUAACAACAACAUCAUCGACAUGGUCCAGGACGCUGUGACAGCCGCCCUUACCCGCACGGGCGCACGCAACUACACUGUCCUCCAGCUGCCCACGGUGUACACCAACGAGAGCGGCGAGACGAUUGAGCCGCGUGCCGGAGAGGCCGCUCUCGAGGGUGCCGCUGGAGCAGCUGCCGACACCAAUGGCGAGACCACAGCCGCCACCGUCAUCAUUGAAGAUGUUAUUGAUUCGGAGGAUGAAGAAGCUGCGGAUGGGGGCUCGGACCGAUCCGCCACCCCCACACCAGACGGGGAUGCCGAGGGAGCUGUAGGCGGCCAACCGGCUGGUGCUGCUGCUGCUUCCGGUGCCAGCACUGUAGAAGGUGCGAGCGAUGCUGCAGCUGGCGGCGAAGGCGCUGCAUCCAAUGGAGGUCCAAGUGGCGCUACUCGUCGUCGUACUCGCCCGCAGGUUCUGGGCCAUGUCAUACAGCGUUAUCGUGGUGUUCAGACGCGUCUGACGCCCUUCAUUGAUCGUUACUACGACAUACUCGAGAACGAUCCCACAUUUGAGGAGAAUGACACUACCGGACGGGAGAAUGCCCAGCGCAUCUUUGACCGUGUCUCGGAGGCCUUCCACUACUUAUCGCACGCUCAGCACGCCAUAUCCGACCUGAUGCUGGACCUCUCGGAGCCCGGUCCACGCGUGCUCACCUGUCGGCCCAUUCUCGUGGAGCAGAGCGGCUACAUACGCUCCAACAAUAUAUUCACACCGCAUUUUACGCCCCUCGAGGUCAUGCAGCAGGCCACCACCAAUAAUAUUGACCAGCGUGCACCAGGCGCACGGCCCCCGGGCCUACCAAGGACCAUCGAUGAGGCCACAAGGAGCACUUUGGGUACAGCUGCACAGAUAAUUGCAAAUGCAGGGGCUAACUAUGCCUCUGCCUUGAACAGAGGAAAUGCUAGACCCAGUGCGGGGGCAACAGAAAAUGCGACAGCUACCGGCACGCCGAAUGCAGCAGGCACAAAUCCGAGUCCGGCAGCCUUGGCCGCCGCCUUGGCCCAUGGGGCAGCCCAAACUGCAGCCCUGGCUUCCGUUGAGGCUGCUCAGGCAGCCCAAGCGGCCGAAGCCGCUGUCCAGAUGGCUGUCGGAGCGGUGGCCGCCAUUGGCAUACCCAACGAUGGCGGCACCGUUGAGGAUCCCGUCGAUGAGCCCAUGGUGGCACCCAAUGCAGCCCCUCAGGCCUCGCAACCACAGCCACAAAAUUCAUUGGAUGAAGCUCCAGAUCAGUUUGAAGGUCCCCGAGUGCCACCUAGGCUGCGGCUGUAUAUGCCCGUGGCCCUGCCACCGCCCAAUCCCCAGAUGGAAAUGGCCCGUCUCAUUCAGGCCGUGGUGAACAGAGCCACCAACGAUAAUAACGAUGUGCAGGUGGAGUUCAGCGCCCCCAACAUUAUGUCCAUCAACUUGCCCGUGCAUGUGGUGGCUGCUGCCGCACGUCCCCCAGCCCCGGGACCAGAGUCUGCUCCCGAAUCGACCGCCGAGAGUGCAACUGCUGCUGAUGAACAAGCUUCCGCGGCGAACAAUAGUGCCAGCGGCAGCGGUGUAGGAGCCACCGCCUCGACCUCGACAGGCACGCGUAGUGGGGAGCAGCGGGCCAACACAUUGCCGACAACCGCCACACAGACGCGCUCCACCUCACGGCCACAGAUCCAGAUUGGCGGCAACAACAACUGGGGCGGACGCAUCGCGCCGACUCACACGGCCUUCGAUCGCUUCCUGCCCUGCAACAGCCACCACAUUCGCGAGCCGGAGCCGUUGCCGCAGAACAACAACAGCAGCAGCACCAACAACAAUCGCAGGACAAACCCAGCCCCCGCAGGAGGAGCAGCAGGCGGUGCCUCGUCAUCGGGCUCGUCAUCAGCAGCCGCGGCUGCAGGCGGAGCAGCGAAUUCUGCUCUAGCAGGCGCCGUCAAUGUCAGCGUCGGAAUUGCCGAAAUGGUAAACUUUUUAACCGCACCCAACCGCACAAAUGCGGUCAACAUGGGCGCACCACCCGCAGCUGCAGCCCCAGGCACAGCCCCUGGCACAGCCCCAGUCGCAGCCUCAGCCGCAUCCACAGUCACACCGACAUCAUCAUCAUCAGUAGCCUUCAGUGAUAGAUCAAGUAAUCUGCGCUCGGAGCUGAGCACCUUCCUGAACAACAGCGUCUUCGAUGGGGCGCCCAUUAACGAGGAGACCAUACCCGGCGCCAUUAGUCGCGCCCUGGAUUGGUUCAACGGCAGCCUGAUCUAUUUGCCGCAGUACGAGCUUCCGGAAUACAAUUCGCGCGAAUCUGUGAUUAAUCUCCUGCGCCAGAGUCUGCGCCUCGUCAUGGAGCUGUGCAUUUCGGGCCCCAGCACUGUGGCCCAGUUCGAGCAGAACCUCAAGAAGAUCUGUGAGCAGUUCCGUGUACGCCUCUUCAGCGUACUCUUCCUGUGCCUGGGCGGUGACAAUGCGGAGAUCUACUGGCACCAAAUGAUGACCAUACUGCGCACCCCACUGCGGACCAGUUUCCAGAAUGAAGCUUUGUGGGUCUACGUUGACCCCCAAAUUCCAACACAGACAAACACCGCUGACGCCCAACAGUUCCUUGUCCUCCGUAGCUCGCAGGCAAACCUUUCCGCUGAUGGCGUAGAACCUUUCGUUGCGCCACCGUCGCGUGCUUUUAAUCUACAGCAGCAGCAGCCACAGACGCAAACGCUCGACACGGACGUGGAGAUGACCGAAGUGGCUGGCAGCAGUAGCACCGCCCCCACCACCACCACCACCAACAGUGCUCCCGUAGCAGAGACACCUCUUCCACCGGUGGUUGUUGGCUCAGAGUCCUGGCACAUGAGUUUCCCCAGUGAUUGGUUGCCCGCGAUAACGCGCGACCUACAGACCCAGACUGAGCAAAACGGGCCACAGCCACCCUACUCCGACGCCUACAUCUCUGGCAUGUCCGCCAAGCGUCGCAAGAUCAUCCAGACGGAUAAGCCCACGGCCAACGUGGAGUGUCUGAUUGCCAGCGGAGUGCAGCGGGCUAUACAGAGCGCCGGGCUGGGCGUCAGUGCAAACGGAACUGCCGCCAGUUCCUCAGUGAACUUAGAUGCUGUGAUCGAUACGAUGACCCACGAUGCGGCCAUCCAAGCGUCCUACACGGACGCGAUGCGCAGCAAUGUGCGCGAUCGAAUCAAGCAGGAUGUUGACUUUACGCCCAGCAAGUAUCCGCAGAUCGCCAAGUUCACCGAGCAGAAGUAGACGAAGAACCAUUUUGGGAGCCUAACAAGUGACCACCACCCCACCGCACCACAUCGCUCGUGUGUGUGUUUUUGUGUGUGUGUGUGUGUGUGUGUGUGGUGUGCUUGUUGUACAUUAUACCUUAAAUCAUACCGUACAUAUAUAAUUUUAGUUAAUUGCUAAGUUCUGUUUAAACGAGGAGACGACAACGGCGGCGGCAGCAGUCAAACCACAAUCGAAAUGAGAAUUGGAAUCAGAAUACGGAAGUAACCACCACCACCACACCCGACGCACCGAGUAAAACGAUAACAUGAUAAUAAUAAUAAUAAUAAUUAUAAUUAUAAUACCCAACCGAUAUAUCCGCACACUGCUGGAAACGAAAUUAAACCCACACACAAAAAAAAUAACGAUACAAAAAACAAACAAAACACACACAAAAAAGGAGCAUAUUAACCGAAACAAAGGCGAUGGACGAUGGCUGAUGGACAAUGGACGGAAUUUAUAGACACGUUGAUGCGAUGGUAGGGCAUGAUAACAUCCAAAUGCUUUUAAUUGCAGUCAGUCCUCCCAAGUGGCGAUGGCGUCCCCGUGUCGCAUGACGUAUUGGGUCUUGGCCAACAGACCCGUGACGACAGCCGAAUUCCAGCUAAAAUAUUUUGGCCCACUCGCCCAUUGACGUGAGCCGCCGGAAGGCACAUGAUUGCUGAUGACGAACAAUCAGGAAUUUGCAGCCAUCCGCUCAAGUGGCGACAGUGCAAAAACAGACCCAUUACAACAGCCUACGCGCGCCUAAUAGUGGCGAAGGGGGCCGGCCGGUACAGGGAACAACCUGUACCAACACCGGGCCCCAUACCACAACUAACCCAAGCCAUCUGGCAUUCCAUGCGACCAUGCGGCUCCCAUACCCGUCCAUCGUCACGAAAUUCCUUCUUUAUCCUACCUACUCUUAAUAUUGUUGUCGCCUGCAUUCGAAACACGAAAAAGUGUCACAUUAAAAUUGUUGGGGAUAUUUAUGUGCGAAAAAACACAAGAAGAAAUACAAAAA